AGAGACUACACACAGAGGAGCCUCACAGCCAAACAACACUCCUUAUUCUUUCAAGUUACCCACCUAAGAGGGCGCUAUGUGAGGGGGGGCUGGAGGUGCUGGCAUAUGUGAGUAACUGUGUGCACUGCCGUCUGGCCCUGUCUCACCUGCAGUAUGAAUGGGGACAUGCCUCAUGUUCCCAUCACCACCCUGGCUGGGAUCGCAGGCCUCACCGACUUGUUGAACCAGCUACCCUUGCCUUCUCCCCUACCUGGUACUACCACCAAGAGUUUGCUGUUUAAUGGGCGGAUCGCAGAGGAAGUUGGCUGCCUGCUGGCCUGCACCGACGAGGGACUGGUCUCCCAGUUAGCCACAGGCCUCAGCCAGGUUUCCACCGAACACAUAGAGCUGAAGGACAGUCUUGGUAGUGAUGAUCUGGAGGGAGAUGUCCCUGUGUUGCUGCAGCUGCUGCUUUCCAGAAACCCCAAUAUCUUCAGGGAGAAGAGCACGCCGGGCCAGUUCACCCCACAGGGAGGUAUCUCUCAGCAGCCAAUAGGCCAGCCCUACAAAAUCCUCUCUAAUUCCAUGGAAGACAGUCCAGCCUCAGCAAAUUACCCAGCUUCCAUGUCCCCCAGCCCCUCUGGUCGGUUCCCCAUGCCUGCCCAGCCCAGCUCGGGUGGCCGAUUUCUACACCCACAGCAACAACAGAACAGUCCUGUGCCCAGUCCAUACACACCCCAGAGCCCCGCAGGGUACAGACAGUACCCUCACUCAUCCAGCUAUGGACAGCACGCUCAGCUACCACAAGUUUCUGUACCGAGCCCUGCUAUUCCCUGUGGAAUGACAACUGUACAUGAGCGCAAGGACCCGAUGAGGAAUUUCUCCUCCUCCCAUACCUCUCACAUGCUUCACUCCUCUCCUCCGUACACACCUCCCACUCCCCGCGACGUUCCCCCUGACCUCCUCCUGAACGCCGCUGAGCAGAAAAACCAGAGGAACGUCAAAAUUGGCGAGGGAGAGAAAGAGCAGGUGGAGAAGUCGGCCAUGUACGACAUCGUUGGCUCCCCUGGCAAAGACUCGACGCGGCUGACCCUGCGUCUGUCACGGGUCAAACCCUCAGAUGUGGAUCUGUCCAGUGUCUACGCCACCUCAGACCCAGAGGGGGAGCUGGUGGAGGCCCUGGCUGCCAUAGAGAGCAUGGAGAGUGAGGCUGCCAUGGAUACAGAGCGUAAAGAGGUGCAGGAUAAAGAUAAGCCUCUGAAGAAGCGCAAGCAGGACUCUCUUCCUUUGGAGCCUGGCACAGGUGGCACUGCCAGCUCUGGCCUGUGUGCUUCCAGUGGCAUUGGUGGUGCCAACGCUGGGCACAGACUGACACCUCAGCAAGCCAGUUCAGCGGGUAAUGCCAACCGCCCAGCCCUUAUGGUUAGCAUCGACCUGCAGCAGGCCGGGCGUGCAGACGGGCACCUCGAUCACUGCACUGCUGCACCUGUACCCGCCUCUGAUGCCCAACACUGGCCUGAAGAACCGCAGGAAGGUGCCACUCCCCGGGCACUCCAGCAUGACGCCAGGCAUCAUUAUGAAGAUCAGCGGCCCCCCUACGCUGGCGGGGAACAAACAGGGACAUUAAAAAACUUUGUCAUUCCCAAAAUCAGGAAGGACAGGGAGGUGGGGGAAGAGGGUGCCGUGGGGGAUGAGUGGAGACAGCCACAGGUGAGGUUAGAGCGGAUUGAGUUGGAAAAAGAUUUGGGAAAGUCGGCCAAUCCCGUGGUGGUACUCCAGAAACUGUCACUGGAUGAGGUACAGCGGUUUAUCCGGGAGAAAGAUUCACGCGGCGGCUCCAAGUCCAGCAGAAACAGAUUGGGAGGCUCUGGGAGAAGUGGGAAAGGUGGAAUCGACCCAUCAGUGCUGAAGGACCUGCCCCCAGAGCUGCUGGCCGAGAUAGAGUCCACCAUGCCUCUGUGUGAGAGAGUGAAGAUGAAUAAACGCAAACGCAGCACAGCAAACGAGAGACCCAAAUACGCAGAGGACAGCUCUGAGGAGGAGGAUGGCAGGACUGACUAUUCACGGAAGCGUCAGAAAAAGGAGCGAGACUUGGCCUGGGAGUAUGACGAGGGAGAGAGGCGGAGCUCGGGUGACCACAGACGGAGUGCGGGAUUCCAUGAUGGACGCUACGGGUCCGAUCAGGAAUCCCCUCCGCCCAGUCUCAGCGAUGUGGCCAGGAGUCUAAAGAAGAAAGAGAAGCAGAAAAAGAGAAAAGCAUAUGAACCCAAACUCACUCCAGAAGAAAUGAUGGAUUCCUCAACGUUUAAGAGGUUCUCUGCCAGUCUGGAGAACAUUCUGGAGAAUCUUGAGGACGUGGAUUUUACUGUUCAGGAUGAUGAUGAGAUUCCUCAGGAGUUGCUGUUGGGGAAGCACCAGCUAAGUGAACUGAGCAGUGAGUCUGCAAAGAUCAAAGCCAUGGGCAUCAUGAGCAGGAUUCCUUCUGAUCGGAUGGUGAAAGUGUUGAACAUCCUGGAGAAGAACAUUCUGGACGGAGCAAACCUGUCCACUCUAAUGAACCUUGACAAUGAUGGUGAGGAUGAGGAGCGGCUGUGGCGUGACUUAAUCAUGGAGCGCGUGACGAAGUCCGCGGACGCUGGCCUGACGGCGCUCAACAUCAUGACGUCAGUGGGAAUGCCCAAAGCCGUUUACAUCGAGGACGUUAUAGAGAGGGUGCUGCAGUACACCAAGUUUCACCUGCAGAACACACUCUACCCUCAGUACGACCCCGUCUACCGCGUCGACCCUCACGGAGGCUCCAUGCUGAGUUCGAAGGCUAAGCGAGCGAAGUGUUCCACGGCCAAACAGAGAGUGAUUAUAAUGCUCUAUAAUAAAAUUUGUGACAUGGUCAGUAACAUCUCAGAACUACUGGAGAUUCAGCUCCUCACAGAUACCACCAUACUACAGGUCUCUUCCAUGGGCAUCACUCCUUUCUUUGUUGAGAAUGUCAGUGAGCUGCAGUUAUGUGCCAUAAGACUGGUGACAGCAGUGUUCUCCCGCUAUGAGAAGCACAGGCAGCUCAUUCUAGAGGAGAUCUUUACCUCACUGGCACGACUGCCCACCAGCAAACGCAGCCUCAGGAACUUUCGGUUGAACAGUAGUGAUGUGGAUGGAGAGCCCAUGUACAUACAGAUGGUGACUGCUCUGGUCCUGCAGCUCAUACAGUGUGUGGUUCACCUGCCAUCAGACAGAGACAACACAGAGGACGAGCACAAAAAGGUGGAUGAGGAUGUCUUUAUCACUAACUCAUAUGAGACAGCAAGACGCACCGCGCAGAACUUCCUCUCCGUUUUUCUCAAAAAGUGUGGCAGUAAACAGGGAGAGGAGGACUAUCGACCACUGUUUGAGAACUUUGUUCAGGAUCUGCUGUCCACUGUCAACAAGCCUGAAUGGCCAGCCUCAGAGUUACUGCUCAGCCUGCUGGGGAGACUACUGGUCCAUCAGUUCAGUAAUAAACAGACAGAGAUGGCUCUGCGGGUGGCGUCUCUGGACUAUUUGGGCACCGUCGCUGCCCGACUGCGUAAAGAUGCCGUCACUAGCAAGAUGGACCAGAGAGCCAUAGACCGCAUCCUCAGAGAGAGCUCCGGGCCUGAUGAGACCCAGCGGCUUCAGAAGGCUCUCCUGGAUUAUAUGGAUGAAAAUACAGAGACAGACCCAGCACUGCUUUUUGCCCGUAAAUUCUACAUAGCGCAGUGGUUUAGAGAUUGUUCAAGCGAGGCCGAGAAAGCCAUGAAGAUCCAGACACAGAGGGAGGAGGACUCAGAGGGGCAGCUUCACUCCAGCGAGCUGCGCAGCACCGGAGACAUAAUGCAGAGAGCAGAGGCCCGCAAGAAAUUCCUUCGCUCUGUUGUUAAGACGACCCCCUCCCAAUUUACCACGCUCAGGAUGAGUUCAGACACUGUGGACUACGAAGACGCCUGCCUUAUUGUACGUUACCUCGCCUCCACCAGACCCUUCUCCCAGAGCUUUGACAUUUACCUGACGCAGAUUCUCAGAGUUCUCGGGGAGAGUGCUAUAGCAGUGAGAACGAAAGCAAUGAAGUGUUUGUCAGAGGUGGUGGCUGUAGACCCCAGUAUCCUGGCCAGGUCGGACAUGCAGCGUGGUGUCCACGGCCGCCUGAUGGAUAACUCCACCAGUGUGCGUGAGGCUGCUGUCGAACUGCUGGGUCGAUUUGUGCUCAGUCGACCUCAACUCACAGAGCAAUACUAUGACAUGCUCAUCGAGAGGAUACUGGACACGGGGAUCAGCGUGAGGAAGCGAGUGAUAAAGAUCCUCAGAGAUAUCUGUCUGGAGCAGCCGACCUUCAGUAAGAUCACAGAGAUGUGUGUCAAAAUGAUCCGCAGAGUCAACGAUGAAGAGGGGAUUAAGAAAGUGGUUAAUGAAACAUUCCAGAAACUCUGGUUCACUCCAACACCCAGUCAUGACAAAGACACCAUGACACGUAAGAUCAUCAACAUCACUGACGUGGUGUCUGCAUGCAGAGACACGGGGUAUGACUGGUUUGAACAGCUUCUUCAGAAUCUGCUGAAGUUAGAGGAGGAUGCGUCCUACAGGCCGACCAGGAAGGCCUGUGUGCAGCUGGUCGAUAACCUGGUGGAGCACAUCCUGAAAUAUGAGGAGGCUCUGUCAGAGAAUAAGAGCGUAAACUCCACUCGUCUGGUGGCCUGCAUCACAACUCUCUAUCUGUUCAGUAAAAUCCGACCGCAGCUCAUGGUCAAACACGCUAUGACCAUGCAACCGUACCUGACCACCAAGUGCAAUUCCCAGAGUGACUUCAUGGUGAUCUGUAAUGUGGCGAAGGUGCUGGAGCUGGUGGUGCCUCUGAUGGAACAUCCCAGUGAGAGUUUCCUCACCACCAUAGAGGAGGAUCUUAUGAAACUUAUCAUCAAAUACGGAAUGACUGUGGUGCAGCAUUGUGUGAGCUGUCUUGGUGCUGUAGUCAACAAAGUCACACACAACUAUAAGUUUGUGUGGGCGUGUUUCAACCGUUACUAUGGCGCCCUAACCAAACUAAAAGUCCAACACCAGGAGGGAACCAACAGCAUGGCGCUGGCUGCCACCAAACCUGCCCUCCUCAGGUCUCUCUUCACUGUGGGAGCUCUCUGCAGGCACUUCGACUUUGACCUGGAGCAGUUCAAAGGCAACAGCAAGAUCGUUAUCAGGGACAAAGUUCUGGAGCUUCUGCUGUACUUCACCAGUCAUGAGGAUGAAGAGGUGCAGAGUAAAGCCAUUAUCGGACUAGGUUUUCUAUUCAUCAUGCAUCCCAGUCAGAUGUUUGUUCCUAAGGUAAAGGAGCUGUAUAACGGUUUGCUGGCUGAUCAGAGGAGCUCAGUGGCUCUAAAGAUUCAGGUGUUGAAGAAUCUGCAGAUGUACCUGCAGGAGGAGGACUCUCGAAUGCAGGAGGCAGACAGAGAAUGGCAGAAGCUGUCGAAGCAGGAGGACCUAAAGGAGAUGGGAGACAUAUCAUCUGGGAUGAGCAGUUCUAUCAUGCAGCUGUACCUGCGUCAGGUGUUGGAGGCCUUUUUCCACACACAGUCCAGCGUGCGUCACUUCGCCCUUAAUGUCAUCGCCCUCACACUCAGCCAGGGCCUCAUACACCCAGUACAGUGUGUACCGUAUCUGAUUGCCAUGGGAACAGACCCAGAGGCCAGCAUGAGGAACAAGGCUGACCAGCAGCUGGUGGAAAUCGAUAAGAAGUACACCGGUUUCAUUCAUAUGAAGGCAGUGGCGGGGAUGAAGAUGUCGUACCAGCUGCAGGAGGCCAUCCAGCUGGCGGUGAAGGGGAGCAUUAUCCGUGGUUUCCGACAGGACGAGUCAAACACGGCGCUCUGCUCUCACCUCUACUCCAUGGUUCGCACCAACAGACAGCACAGACGGGCUUUUCUCAUAUCCCUACUCAACCUGUUUGACGACAGCUCGAAGAUGGAGGUGAACACACUGCUGUUCAUUGCGGAUAAUCUGGCGUACUUCCCCUACCAGACCCAGGAAGAGCCUCUCUUCAUUAUGCACCACAUAGACAUUACACUGUCUGUGUCCGGGAGUAACCUCCUGCAGAGCUUUAAAGAGUCUCUAGUGAAACUAAGGGGCAGAAAGCGUGAGCGUGGGCAGCAGCAGAAUGGCUCUGACAGAGAAGAGAGAGGAGAGAGAGUGGAGGAGGAGGAGGAGGGGGAGGAGAACAGGCAGAUAAACACCAGUGCCAACAGAGGGGACGAUGAGCGAGACGGCGCUGGAGAUGAGCAGCAGCGGCCAAAGAAGAAGCAACUCGGCGGUGACUCGGAUUCGGAAUCUGAGCUGGAGAACGCGGAUGCUGUGAUGGAGAGACUUCCUGAAGAUGCCACGCCCCUAAUUGACUUUGCCAGAGCGUCACAGGGAAUCCUACUGCUGUUGGUGCUCAAACAACACCUGAAGAAUCUCUACGGCUUCUCUGACAGUAAAAUCCAGAAAUACUCGCCAACAGAGUCAGCCAAGGUGUACGACAAAGCCGUGAACAGGAAGACCAACAUUCACUUCAGCCCUCGUCAGACCCUUGACUUCCUGAUGAACGAUAAUCUGAAGGAAGAUCUCACAGAUGAGCUGAAGAGGAAGAUUGUAACACAGUACCUGGACUUUAAGUUACUGAUGGAGCACCUGGACCCUGAUGAAGAGGAUGAGGAAGGUGAGACGAGCGCUAAUGUGCGGAACAAAGCCAUCUCUGCCCUUCUGGGUGGGGCCAGCCCAAGAAACCACGCCCCCGACUCGGAGGAGGACGACAGCGAUGGGGAGGAGAGAACCCCUGGGGCAUCUCGGAGGGCUAAACGUGUCACUGAUUCGGGUGAUGCCACGGGCAACAUGAACGAGCCUCUGCAGGUGAUGGAUGUGAUCGCCAUCCACUGCCCCAAAUACCGGGACCGCCCCCAGAUCGCUCGCGUCGUCCAAAAGACGCCCGACGGCUACAGCAUACAUUGGCUCGCCGGCUCCUACUCCAGCCCCUGGACCGAGGCCAAGCGGCGGGAUGGACGCAAACUCGUGCCUUGGGUGGACACUGUCAAAGAGUCUGACAUCAUCUACAAAAAAAUCAACCUCACCAGCAGCCACAAGCUCACUCACAAAGUGGCCCAGUCUUUACGGUCCCUGUACGCGGCCAAGGACGCAGCCAGCUCCAGCUAAUGACACACACACACACACACACACAGCCGAACAAGAGCCAGAGGAGAGAGAGAAACACUACGACUAAACUUCUGCUCCGUGCGUACGGCAGCUCUGGAGGGUUGUCCUUGGUCCCAGGAUGCAUGGCUGAGGUGUGGCAGGAAAAAUCUAAAUGUUAAGAAAAACAUUGUUUUCUUUGGGUGCUCCUUUUUCGCUGUUGUGCAGCAGAAUCUGGUUGUUUGAUUUCU